GUCUUUCUAGUCCAGGUCCGACGAUAGUAGCAGCGCAGCCUCGGGAGGGGGAGGCAGAGGCGGAGGCGACUGGGAAGGCGGAGAUGGGAUCAGGAAUCACCUUCAGACUUACCUGGUGAAACGUUGCCCGAUAUUAAAAGAAAACACACUCUUUGUUCUUUGGCAUGGAUAAAUGUUCAGUGAGAGGAUUAGACUUGGAUGAACAAACUCCUGUUUUAUUAAGUAAUAAAGCCAUGGCAGCUAGUCUCAUGGAUAUAGGAAAUUCAUUUGGUAACCCAGCUAGUCCUUUAGUUAACAGAUGUAGAAAUUCAUCAGUAGAAGAUGGUGAUGAUGAUGAUGAUGUCGUAUUUAUUGAAUCUAUACAACCUCCUUCGACUUCUACUCCAGCAAUAGCUGAUCAAAGAAAUUUUAUAUUUGCUUCAUCAAGCAAUGAAAGGCUACAAGGAAACUAUUCCAUAAUUCUUCCUGCCUCAAGAGAUUUGCCUUCUCAGAAGGGAAAUGUGAGUGAGACAAUUGUUAUCGAUGAUGAAGAGGACAUAAAAACAAAUGGAGGGGAAAAGAAAAAUUCUUCCAAUUUUGUUGAAUGGGGACUUCCUGGAACUAAAAAUAGAACCAAAGAUUUGGAUUUCUCCACUUCCAGUCUUUCAAGAAGUAAGACCAAGACUGCAGUAGGACCUUUUAAUCCUGGUAGAAUGAAUGUGGCAGGAGAAGAAUUUCAAAAUGGAGAAUAUGCAACUCAUCAUAGUCCUGAUUCUUGGAUCUCCCAGUCAGCAUCAUUUCCCCGUAAUCAGAAACAGCCAGGUGUGGAUUCUUUAGCACCAGUGGCCUCCCUUCCUAAACAGAUUUUCCAGUCUUCAGUCCAACAGCAACUUACAAAACCAGCUAAAAUCACUUGUGCAUACUGCAGAAAACCUUUACAGAAGGGACAGACAGCUUAUCAACGAAAAGGAUCAGUUCACCUCUUUUGUUCUAUCACCUGCCUUUCUUCCUUCUCUCGUAAGCGCACUCCAAAGAAACGCAAUGUUAUAAGUAAAAAAGAUGUACCUACAAAAAAGGCUACUACUGUUUCUCAAGUUGAGUCAAGAGACUCCUCCCAAGAAUUUUGUAGUACGUCUUUGCCUCCCUAUGAAGACAACCAGAAUCUUAGAAAAAGAAUUAAUAAAUCAAGAUGUAUAAUCUGUAGUAAACUAACAGAGAUUCGCCAUGAAGUCAGCGUUAAUAAUGUAAUACAUAAACUGUGCAGUAACCAGUGCUUUAAUAAGUACAGGUUAGCCAAUGGUCUGAUAAUGAAUUGCUGUGAACAGUGUGGAGAGUACUUGCCCAGUAAAAGUGCUGGAAACAAUGUCCUGAUGAUUGAAGGUCAGCAGACAAGAUUUUGCUGCCAAGGUUGUAUCAAUGAAUAUAAACAGAUGAUGGAAGCAAAAUCAAAAAAUUUGUCAGCAUCAGAAAACAGAAAAAGGCAUGCUGUUAGAGAAGAAAAUGAAAGAAAAUUAUAUGGGCCAUUGAAUACUGAUUUAGAAAACAAAGAGGGAAUACCAAAUAAAAAGGAAAAGACUGCAGAGCUACAGGUUUUGGCAGAAUAUAGCACAGAUACAUCACUGAUCAAACAGAGUGUGAAUUUAACUUCUUCAGUGUUAACCAUAGCUGAUAAAUUUCAAGAGCCACUGGAAGAGAAAAAACCAGAAGACUGCAUUAUAUCAGUUGUACUUUCUACAGACCCAGGUACAUGGCCCCGAGUUUUAAAUACUAAACAAUGGGACAUUCUUGUUGAAAAUGAUCCACCUCAAGUAAGAAAUUUUAACUUUCCAAAAGACAGUACGGGGAGGAAAUUUUCAGAAACUUACUACACACGAAUUCUUCCAAAUGGUGAUAAAACCACUAGGUCCUGGUUACUUUAUUCGACUUCAAAAGAUUCUGUAUUUUGUUUGUAUUGCAAACUUUUUGGGGAGGGGAAAAAUCAACUGAAGAAUGAGAAUGGGUGCAAAGAUUGGCAGCAUUUAUCACAUAUUCUUAGCAAACAUGAGGAAAGUGAAAUGCACAUCAAUAAUAGUGUUAAGUAUUCACAAUUAAAAUCUGAUUUGAAAAAAAAUAAAACUGUGGAAUCUGCAGGACAUGGAUUACAUGAGAAUGAGAAAAAUGAUGGUGUGCUGUUGUUGUACACAUAAUAUACCUGAUGUGGUUCUUGACAUAGUAAAUUUAUUCAGAAAA